UCCCCAAAAGAAAAAGAAAAAGAAAAAAAGAGGUUGCAUAUGUUUAUUUAAUUUUCUUUAAGUUUACGCUUUUGAAGGUCAAAACAGACAUCGGCGACAGCGAUAACAGCAACAGACAAAAUACAAUUACACCUGCAACCAAAUCCCUCUAAAAGCACCCCUCGCUUUCUCUCUGAUACUGCACCUAAAAAAUCAAAUUCCCCAAAUACGAUUUUAUUUAUAAAAAUCUUUUUCCAAACAAUUCUCAGAUCAGAUCUCUCUCUCAGUUGCAGAUCUCGGUUUCUCUUUCUCUCUGUGUAUCUGCCAUUUUCUUCCGCCAAAGUUGAGAUUGGUGGGUUUAUGUGCUCCUGUUUGGAUUAUAACUGUGUUUCUAUAAGUCUUCCUGCUGAAACGGUAGUAUUGGAGUCUUCAGAGUGAGUGGCUAUCUGAGGGUUUUGAAGCACUUUCUUAUAAUAAGUUUGGAGAUCAAGUUGAGAAAGCUGUGCUUGAAAUAGUGUAUUUGCUAAUUUAGUUUACAUAUGCAAGUUAAGAAAUGUUAGAGUUUACAAAAAUGAAUUUAUCCAUUGGCCACUGGGUAAAUUUGAUUGCUUCUGAGUACAUAGGUUGCUCUAAGUUAGAAUAGGGAAGGAGAUGGUAGAGGGUAAUUUAGAUACAGAAAAGGGUGCAUGCACUGGAGCCAAUUGCACACAGAGUGGAAGCCAGGGGUCAAUUAUUCACAGGGAUCCCUCAUUCUCGCGCUGGUGUGAUGAAGAUGGUAACCUCCUAUUUGACAGUAAUCAGUUGGGAGAUGCUCAAGCAAACUUAGAAGAAGAUUCUGAUUUUGAGUUGCCUUUGCUUCAACAGGGUGAGAUAGAUAAAAAGGGUUUAGAUACAGACAGAUCCCAUAAUACUAAAUUUCAGCAAAUAAGUACACACUUAAAAGGUGGUGAUACCAUGGAUAAUGCUUCUAUCCAUGUUGAGGGAAAUGGAAAUGAGAAGUUUGCUCCAUUUGAUAUUGAGAAUAAUGGGACCAUGAGGGAAACAGAUGGUGUAGAUGGCUCCAAUUUUAUGCAUAAGCAUAGACCAUUGCCUCCAACUAUGAAGAACACUGUUUCUGUUGCUAAUGUGUUAAAGACAUUAUUUUUCAUUCUUUUAUGGUACACUUUCAGCCUAUUUUUGACCUUGUAUAACAAAAGCUUGUUAGGGGAUGAUAUGGGAAGGUUCCCUGCCCCUUUAUUGAUGAAUACUGUACAUUUUGCAAUGCAAGCCAUUUUGUCAAAAGCAAUUACAUGGUACUGGUCCAACAGAUUUCAACCUAGUGUUGCUAUGUCAUGGAAGGAUUACUUUAUGAGAGUUGUGCCAACAGCUCUUGGGACAGCAAUGGAUGUUAACCUGAGCAAUGCGUCCCUUGUUUCUAUAUCUGUCACGUUUGCCACAAUGUGUAAAUCUGCCGCUCCUAUAUUUCUUCUUCUAUUUGCUUUUGCUUUCAGGUUGGAGUCUCCAAGUAUUAAACUUUCAGGCAUCAUGUUAGUAAUCUCCACUGGAAUACUAUUAACAGUUGCAAAAGAGACAGAAUUUGAGUUUGGAGGAUUCAUUCUUGUCAUGCUUGCUGCUGUCAUGUCUGGCUUCCGCUGGUGCAUGACUCAAAUUCUUCUGCAGAAAGAAACCUAUGGUCUGAAGAAUCCACUUACCUUGAUGAGCUAUGUAACCCCAGUGAUGACUUUCUUAACUGCCAUUCUCUCUAUUAUACUGGAUCCAUGGAAAGAGUUCAGAGUGAAUGUUUACUUUAAUAGUCAAUGGCAUGUUGCUCGAAGUUGUUUGCUGAUGCUUUUUGGUGGAAUGCUUGCCUUUUUUAUGGUGCUAACAGAAUACGUUCUUAUCUCAGUAACAAGUGCUGUCACAGUCACAAUAGCAGGUGUUGUCAAGGAGGCUGUCACCAUAUUGGUUGCAGUCUUUUACUUCCAUGAUGAAUUUACCUGGUUGAAAGGAGCUGGUCUUUUCACAAUUAUGGUUGGUGUUGGUUUAUUCAACUGGUACAAAUACCACAAGCUACAAUCGGGUCAUACAAGUGAAGGCGAUACAAUGGAUCCACUCUCAGACAAUGCCGGUGCAAAAUAUGUUAUCCUUGAGGAGAUGGAUGAGCAAGAUGAUGGCAAUUGAAAUAAUUAGUAGCAAAUUUAUCUGGAUUCACUAAAACUUUGAUAUCCAAGUUGGAAUUUUGGUGAAGCUUUUGAUCGUUUUUGGCUAGUUUCAAUUUUGGAAUUUAAGAAUUCCAGUCUUCAUCAUGAUUUGGCGAUGUAUUUCUAUUCUGCAUCUUUGGGAUGGGGAUGAAGAUGAGAAAUUCUCCAAAAGUAAGUGGAAUUGGAAUAUAAUAUCAAUUCCCCUAACAGGAUCAUCUAUAAAGCCCAUUCGGUUUGGAAAGUUUCCAAGCUUCCAGUUUUAUGGGGAACAUUCUCAAGAACUAAAUUGCUUCUAGAUGCCAAAUUAAUUUAGCCAUUGUUUGCCAUUAUUUGUCCUCAAUAUACGUAAUAUAGAGAAUGUAGAUUUUAACGUCAAGCUGUAACCGGUGGAAGUAGUAUUUUUAUUCAGAAUUUUGAUUUACCGUUUGAGGGGGAUUCUAUCAUUGUUUGUACGUGCAUAAUAUAUGAAUUUUGCCUUGCUUCA